AUGCCAAAUACAUCAUCAUCAAGAACAUUUCCCGUGAUGUCAUCAUCUGUAACAACCCGAGAACGUACAUUCCUAUCUCAAUUUGUUAUGAGCAUGGCUAUAGUUAUACUUCUUGUUGGAUUUUGUCCAUAUGUCUCUUCUUCACCUACACCAUCAUCAAUUGAUCAUGACAAUAAAAUGAAUUAUGAUUCAAAUGGUCUUACACUUAAUGCAAAUGAUUAUCAAACAGCAGGUGAUUCACCAUCAUUAUUAUCACCCGUCCAACAAUCACUUUCGGAAUCAUAUAUACAACCACGUGCACAUGCUAAUCAAUUUUUAAUGUCUAAUACUGAUGAUAAUCAAGUCACUGUAUCAAAACGAUUUACAAGAUUUAAUAGCAAUAAUCCAACAAAUAAUAAUGAUGAUGAUUUAUCUGAUUAUCUUCCAUAUGGUAUGUUAGCAACCAAACGAUCAUCACCGGGAAAUAUUGGAAGAUUUUCAAAUUUUAACAAACGUAAGCAAGGAACCAAACCACCUAUGGAAGUCAUGAAUGAAAUUGUCAAUUCAAUUUAUCUUAAACGUUAA